AUGCCCGACUACAUGAUGUUCUUGGAGCCCAACGGCGCGCCGCCCUCCGGAUCCUCCAUCCUGGCCAUUGAGUCGCGGGCCGACUACAUUAGUCAGUGCACCCUCAAGUGCGUGCGCGAGGGCUACCGCACCAUGGCCGUCAAGCACGACGCCCUCAAGUCGUUCAGUGGCUACAUUGGCUCGUACGUGCCGCGGACCGUCUACACCAGGCCGUGCACGUCGUGGUUCAAGCGCGGCACAUCCGAGGGCCGCGUCGUCGCUCUGUUUCCCGGCUCGGCGAAUGGCUACCGCAAGAUGCUGCAGCACCCGCGGUGGGAGGACUUUAACUUUACAACAACGGCCGACACAGCCGUGAAUCCCUUUGGCUGGAUGAGCGUCACCAUGACGUGCGGCGAGAUGGACGAAACCGACCCGACGCCGUACCUGCGAGACAUUAACUUUCCGCCGGUUGUGGAUGGGGCGGAGGACGGCAAAGGAUCGAGGGAAACAGACGUGGUUGCAGAAAAGGAGAAGGCGGCGGCCAAGGUGACGCCAGUGACCACUGCAGUCUAG